GUCGUAGUCGGUAGUCGGUGGUCGUUGGUUGGCGCGCGUGUGUGUCUUUUCCAGCUGGUCGCGGUCUGCCCGGCGUUUUUUUGGUCGCUCCAUCCGUCGGUCAUUACAAAAGGACAGUACACGGACUGUGAUAUCGCGUGUCGCUUAUUGACGGUGACGGACGGUUUCGGUUUGUGUGGGUAGCUACGUGCGUGUGUUUGUCAGUGAGUAAUCACUGUCUUCGCCACCAUACCAUAGGAUAAUGUCCACAGAGGACGGAACUACAACUACCGGUUGAUUAGUUUACAUUUUAGGGGCCAUUACGAUUGUUCUGUAAAACAUGCUGCUCAGUGAAUGGUUUGAAGAGCUGAAGUGCUUCAUCGAUUGACGGGAAAAAACCGUUGUGAAUUACGUCCCUCUCCGCCAGUCAGUGGUGCGUGGGGAGGCGCAGUGUUAAUGCUGAUUAAAUUAGUACCACAAGGAUCCUUUGGUUUGCGUGUCGUUAACUCGAAAGAAUCUCGCUCGGUUGUGUGGCCAUGCACUACGUCUGCGGACUGCGGUAAGGUACCGGAAGCGACCUGCUCGAUCUACGGUUUCUGUCAGUGCCCGGCUGGGCAUGUGUUCUCCACCGACGUCAGCCGCUGCCUCCCCGAGAGCGCUUAUGGGGUGAGGUGCGAGGAAGCUGUCCAGUGUUCUCAUAUGCUUACCGGUGCCAAGUGCGAGAACCAAGUAUGCACCUGUGAUACCGGGUUUACUUACGUGCGUGGACGAUGCCGUCAACUAGCGAAUCUCGACCAACCCUGCAAUGAGGAUAUCGACUGUUUCUUCAGCUAUAAUCGAGAGGCCGUGGAGUGUCGGGAUGGCAAGUGCCAAUGUGCACCGGGUUUCUACCUUCGAAGCACAAAUGUCUGUCGGCGUGAAGUAACUCUUGGCGAUCGUUGCCUUGUAAACGAGGACUGCGUCGGGGAGGAUCUAGAGUGUAAGAAUGACUUCUGCGCGAAGAAAGAAGCACAAACGAAAACUUAUCGGGACAUUGGAGUGCAGGCGAAGCCCACCUGCGAGGAGAAGAAAGCGCAAGCGGACGUCAGAGUGACCCGAGAUCAACAGCAGCAAACGAGUAUCAGUAGCAGCAACUGUGGCACUGCUACCGAAGGGGGUGAUAUAAAUAGUGGUGUUCAGAAGGAGGCUCAGGAGGAGAAGCGUAAGGAAAGUAACUCAAGUGGUGCCACGGCCAAGAGAGUUCGACUGCAGUCGAGUGUUGAUGACCCAUCGACCAAAGAUGACAGUACUCCUGGGUAUGGCGACACGUGUAGAGAUGAAACUGAGCCAUGUACUGGGCUACCCUACUCGGUAUGCCGGAUGGGACAGUGUAUCUGCCAGGAGGGAUUCUAUCCUGUUGGGAAAGUAUGCAAAGCCGAAAUGGGUGAAUACGUAGAUAGAAAAGAAGAUUGUGGAAGCUUGACGGAUGAAACGAAAUUCGUAAAUGGAAGAUGCGUCUGUGAUAACCACAUGUUCUACAACUACAAUAUGAGGACAUGUUUGAAAGGAGCUCUUGGCAUCAACACAUCCUGUACGCAAAAUAGCCAGUGUUCGCCGUAUGGAGCUGCGUAUUGUCCACUGGAAACGCCCAAACGUUGUACCUGCUAUCCUUAUGCUGAGUAUGAUAGCUCCCGACAGAUGUGCGUCGGUAAGAAGGGUUUCGAAGAGUACUGCGAGAAGGAUGAGGAUUGCACGUUAAGCAAUACGCGCUGUAGUGAGGCGCACACCUGUGUUUGUCGGCCGAACUUCUUCUACGUAAACGAGCGUUGCAAGGCGGCACAAGGAGGAACGUGUGAAACCGUGGAUGACUGCGGAUUUGAAAAGGCGAGCUGCGAAUCGGAAGACGAGCAGCAACCGAAGAAGUGUGACUGUAUGAAGGGCUAUCUGUACCGAGACAAUACGUGCCUGAAAGAGGCAGAAGCUUACGAAGAGGAAUGUACUGUGAACGAGCAGUGCCAACCCUUGCUGGGCAAUCUGAGCAAAUGUAUGGACGAGAAGUGCAAGUGUGAUGAGAGCGAUACGCACUUCAAAGAUGGCAAGUGCCAUCCAAAAAAGGCUUUAGAAGAGCGCUGCCAGUUGGCCAGCGAAUGCUUCGUUGAAGAUCAAGCUGAUAAUGUGGAAUGCCGCAACUCGUCGUGCCAGUGCAAAUUCGACUACUCACCCGAUGUGGAACGGCAGCGUUGCGUUCGACCUAGUGGCAAAAGCUCUUCCGAUCGACCGAGUGCACUGAAGGUAAUCACCCUACUGUUGACCAGUGCAGCGAUCCUUAUUACAGGUUCGGCUCUACGGGACGCCUACUAUGCGUAGUGAUUUGGAAGGCGAAACCUUACGUUUCUAAAAUCUAGUGCAGUUACAUCAACCCAACGGAGGCAAAACAAAACACUGAUAGCGUGCGCAGCGAUAAGGAAGAACAACCAACCCAACAAAACAGACAACAAGCGAUUCCGCAUCUGACGAUGUCAUCGAAUGGCGGUGGAAAGCAACUGAAAGCAAUCGCGAAAAUAGCAUAACAGUAGAAUAAUAACAUCAGAUAAACAAUAAAAAUGGAAACGAUCCAAGUUCACUGCUUGUGCGAAACUUGCUUUUGAAAAGUAGGCCGACGGAUACACAGAACGCAGUGUUCCCAAUCUAGGGAUUAUCAGAAGAUAUCAUUCGAACAACAUAUCGUAGGGCUUCAGUGAACUAAUUUUUGAGCUAUGUUGGAAGCUUUGUUGUAUGCUUGGCUUAUUUUGCCCGCAUAGUUAAUGGAAAAGAAUAACUACAAGCUGAGCUUAGGAAACAUCGAACAGGAAACCUGUUACAUAUAUUCUUAUCAAAGGGAAAUCAGUAUAGUGAAUCAGUAAGGGAUGAAUUACUGUUACACAGUUGAAAUCCUGAAAAAAAAAAUAAAUAUAGAGGAUCGUUAUGAUAUUAUAAAUUAGAUAAAGCGUACGAGAUAUUGUAGAGACAUUUUACAAAUAAAAGCAAUAAUUAAUUAUUAAA